CACAUCUUUCACACCUCUCAGUCCUUCUCAAGAGGAAGUAUAGAUGGGUAGAGAGGAGAGGUGGGUGGGGGGAUGGACAGGCUACAAGUCACUAGAGUUUAGAUACAGUUAGUGAUCGACACGUUGAGAUGGAAUGCACCUGUCUUCUACUCUUGCUGUUGAGUACACUGGUAUACUGUAGCCUCGGACAAGGUGGAGUUCUCUUUAAUCCAGCCUCUCUGAGUGUCAGUCCUGACAGAUCUCAGUUCUUUAAAUUAGAGUCUGUCUCUCUGAGCUGUGAGGUUCAGGGGAACUCUGCUGGAUGGAGAGUGGUGAGGAACACAUCGAGAGGAAUCCUUUCAGAGUGUCAUACUGACUGGGGAAAACAACAAUGGUCUUCAUGCAUUGUAUCACUAAUACCAUCAGACAGUGGAGUGUACUGGUGUGAGUUUGGGUCUGGAGAACACAGCAAUGCUGUCAACAUCACAGUACCUGCUGGUGCUGUGAUCCUGGAGAGCCCUGCCCUUCCUGUGACUGGGGGAGAUUCUGUGACUCUGCGCUGCAGAUAUCAGGGAACUCCCUCUGACCUCACAGCUGAUUUCUACAAAGAUGGAUCCCUCAUCAGGGCUGAGACUACAGGAGAGAUGACCAUCCCUGCAGUAUCCAAGUCAGAUGAAGGACUCUACAAGUGUACCAACUCUGAAGGAGAAUCACCAGAGAGCUGGAUGACUGUGACAGAUGGGGGCUCUACCUCAUCCUCCUUCACUCCAUCCUCCUCUCCCCCCGUCUCUCCUCCCUCCUCUCUCCUCCCCUCCUCUCUCAUCCUCCCUCUGUCUGUCUCUGGGUUGGUGGCUGCUCUCUCCAUCUCUCUGAUCAUUCUACUGGUCCUGUUCUGCAAGAAGAGGAACAAACAUGUAGCAGCUGAACCCAGAGAUGUUACCUAUGCUGACGUCAGAAUCACACAGGACCCAGAACCCAGGAGAAGGAGAGAGAAGUCUCCAGGAGCUGAUCCAGUCUACUCUGCAGUGAAGACCUCCAACACCACAGUUCCAGGUGGAUCUGGUCCAGGUGAUGUGACCUAUGCUGACGUUAACCACACAAAGAGACAAAACAACAGGAGGAGAGAGAACGUCGUUCCAGACCCUGUCUUCUCAGCAGUGAAGACAGACAGACAGAGAUACAGGUAGAGCUGUAUCUGGACCCAGGGAAGUAAUGUACAAACUGAGUGACCCUGUUCAUCAGAACGUCAUGGUGGGUGGAAAAAGAUGCUCUCUUCAGCAGCGGUGAAUAACCACAACCCUAUCAGUCCAUCUCUUUACUUCUCAUUUCUCUUAUCUUCUCUCUCCCCCCUUCCGUUUUCACACCAACACACUUAUCUUUAGACGCUGCAGCCUUGACCUCCAUCAACAGCAUCAGCAACAGAGAGGUGUGAAGUUUCCACAACAGAGUUAGAGUCAGUUUAUCAUGUACUUCUCUUUAGACGCUGCAGCCUUGACCUCCAUCAACAGAGUUAGAGUCAGUUUAUCAUGAGAACAUACAGACACCACUGACUGGAAGCAGCUGACAGUAUCAGUUGUAAAGGCUUCAUUACUACUAACAGAAAGAAGUUGUAGUGUUAUGUCCAUGAUGAAUGAUGUAAAGGCUUCAAUGUGCUUUUAUAUUGAGCUGCUCUGUUAAAUUCGGUUUGUUGAUGUGAGAUUGUAAAUUGUAUUUCUCUAUAAUGUCAUUGUGUGUGUUUACCUUGAGCAACACCGUUGUAUGGUUACCAACUUGUCAAAUAAAGCUUCCUAAAAUGUG